UGAAAGUGUUUGUAAUUUGCAUCCAUCGUGAUGGAAACCGAGUUUCGAUGAUUAAUCGCCAAUUUUCCAUCAUCUGUAGUCCUUAAAUAUUCGUUAAUCGCUGUUCGUUUUGAAUUUUCUAGUAAUUGCCGCGCAGUCGUGUCGCGAAGAUUAAAAUAAGUCACGAGUGCUCGAAUCAUGUGUUAGGUUGCUCUUAUCACCAAUUGUUAUCUCCUCUGUGUCCUAGGCAUCGAUGACACUGACCUCUCUCUCGCCGCUGCUACGCAAAGUACGACAAAAGUGACCCGAAAAAUUAUUUAUAUUGCCGGCACUAAGAUCCGGACAAAAGUACUGACAUCGCCUUCUAUUUCGACCCCCCUCCAUCCGCCAUCGUUUCCGCACAGGUAAGUCAAAGGCCAACGACGUGACGAACACAGUCCACGGAUUUUGCUCUCCUCUCCCAAAACUUGUUUAGGGAUUGAUCGCUGUAAGCCGAAAUGGCCUACGGUAUGUUGCACGUCGUCAGGAGUCUGCCCAAGAACGCCCUGAAGUCAACGGCCGCCGCCAGACGGACGUCCCAGUUCGAGGUUUCAAACGAGACACGAAGGGUCCACCGAGGAAACGAAACCGCCUGUCCAAGGAGAGGAUUGUCAAUAGUUGCUACCUCUUCUGUUAGCCCGAUAUCGCUUUAUAAUUCAUCCAAUAGAAGGUCUUUUGAUCAAUGCCGCUAUUUUCAAACAAGUGCAAUCCUCUGGGAAGAACACAUUUUAAAGACACCAGCUUUUGCUGAUUCAGUGUCCGAAGGUGAUAUGAGAUGGGAAAAAAAUGUUGGCGACACAGUAGCAGUGGAUGAAGUUGUUUGUGAAAUAGAAACAGAUAAAACUUCAGUUCCUGUUCCUUCACCGGUCAACGGGAUUAUCGAAAAGCGACUUGUUGAAGAUGGUGCUACUGUCAAAGCUGGACAAGAUUUGUGUACAAUUACAAUCACGGAAGGAGGACCUGCGCCAGCCAAAGCAGCUCCUAAAGUUGAAGAUACUCCUAAGGUUGAAGAUACCCCUAAAGCUGCAGAACCAAAAACUCCUGUGGCUGCAGCAGCAGCUGCUCCUGUUCCUGCAACACCUCCCCCACAAAUAUCACAGCCCCCACCACCGAGAGUAGCUACUCCACCAGCAGCUGCCCCUCAAAUAUCAAAACAACAAACUGCCACUGUUAAGGUACCACCAACUGAUCCCACCAAAGAGAUAGCUGGAACCAGAUCAGAAUACCGUGUUAAAAUGAACCGUAUGCGAUUACGUAUUGCCCAACGUUUGAAGGAUGCUCAAAACACCAAUGCCAUGUUGACCACUUUUAAUGAAAUAGAUAUGAGCUCGAUCAUGGAUUUCCGUAAAACCAACCUUGAUGCUUUUCAAAAGAAACACGGAUUGAAAUUAGGGUUUAUGUCUGCAUUCUUAAAAGCGUCUGCUUACGCCCUACAAGAUCAACCCGUUGUCAAUGCUGUAAUAGAAGGCAAUGAAAUUAUCUACAGAGAUUAUGUAGAUAUAUCUGUAGCUGUAGCAACUCCUAAAGGUCUAUUAGUGCCUGUCGUUCGCAAUGUUCAAGACAUGAAUUAUGCAGAUAUUGAAAAAACAAUUGCGGCUCUCGGUGAAAAAGCGAAAAGAGGAGCUAUUGAUGUUGAAGAUAUGGAUGGUGGUACUUUUACUGUCAGUAAUGGUGGAGUUUUCGGAUCUCUAAUGGGAACACCAAUCAUCAACCCACCACAAUCCGCUAUUUUGGGAAUGCAUGGCAUUUUUGAAAGGCCUAUUGCUGUUAAAGGACAGGUUGUCAUAAGGCCCAUGAUGUACAUAGCUUUAACAUAUGAUCAUAGGCUUGUAGAUGGACGUGAAGCUGUACUGUUUUUACGCAAAAUUAAAGCUGCCAUCGAGGAUCCUAGAAUAAUUGUUGCAGGAUUAUAAACUACAAAAUAAAAAGCCAGCCGUACUUAGAAAUAAAAAGCACUUAUUAAUUUAAUUA